AUGGACGACAAUGAAUUUCAACAAUUUCUUACUCUUUUUGGUGAAAGUUUUUAUCAACAUAUUGAAAAAGUUUAUGGAAAAUUUAUUGAAAAAAUAUUACGUUAUCACGAUAUUGAUAAUUAUGUCGUAUUAGGUGAAACUGAUAAACAUGAAAUACUCGAUAUAUUUGAAAAACCUAAUGAUACAAAUACUUCUGAAGAGUUAAUUAAUUUAAAAAAGGAAGUAUGUCAUAUAAUUCAAGAGAUAACAUCGUUAAAAAUUGGAACUAAAAACAAAUUGAUUAGUUUAUUAAAAUUAGCUCAAGAUGUUGUUAAUAAGAAAAAGCUUCUACUAAUGUCUCAAACACGAUUAAAUCGACUUAAUAAAUCUCGUUCAACAUCAUCAUCAUCUAAUAGUAACACAAGUGAUACUGAAAUCAAUCUUAAAAAAUAUAGUACGUUUAUCAACGAAUCAAUUUCAAAAUUAUUAACAAGUAUUAAAAACAAUAUACAUGGUUUUACUAAUACGAAUAUUAUGGCAAAAGACUUUAAAGUUAUGAUCGAACAUAUAAAUGAUCGUUCUGAACCAAUUUGUAACAUACAUUGUAUAUGUGGUGACCGAAUCAAAUUAUACCUUAGAAAUGAUCGAUUUCAAUUAUCAAAUCUACAGAAACAUUUAAUGGUCAUCAAAAAUAAAGUACCAAUUCUUAUAAAUAAUAAUAAUCAACAAACUGAUGAUCUACAAGAUUCAGAUCAAAUUGAUACAGAUAAUCCAGUUUCAAGAAACGAAAGUAGUCCAUCAACUACUCAAAGUACUCUACGUGAAUAUACAAAUAUCGAUAGCGAUGCUACCGAUGGAAUGACAUCAACAACAGUAAAACAAUCCUACAGCCAAAAUCAAUUACACAUGGAAUCAAAUACUAAUAAACGUAGUACUUUAUCACUUAAAACAACAAAAAUUCAACAAAAUGGGCAACCAGUAUCUCGAAAUUUACCUAAACCAGGUGAAACGCAAAGUUCUAUUACAAUUAUACCUCCAUCAAAAUCGAAAAAAUUAUGUUUGACUUUCUUUUCAGAUGUGAAUUGA